AUGCUACGUUCAGGAAAGCUUAUAACGACGGAUAUUACGAAACAUUUACAGGAAGCACUUGCUGAAUGUGGAUGGGAAGAUGCUGCUAAUCUUCGCCAGCAAGAUGCAUCUGAGGCAUUUACGUUCAUUACGGAGAAAUUGGAGUUGCCACUCUUGACACUCAAGAUGGACAUAUACCACACGGGAAAGGAAGAUGUGAACGAUGACCAUAGGUUCGUCAAUGAGAGGCUUUUGGAGGUCGCUAUACCAGAACCUGUCGACGGGGAAACAGUGACGCUGGAGGAAUGCUUGGAGGCAUACUUCAAUAACAGAAUUGAGGUUAAACGAUACCUUGAGCGCCAGAACACUGUUAAGUCGACCAAAUCGGUGGAUUCAUUUCUCAAGGGCUCUAGCACGCACGUUGAGGCAAUAGAGAUCAGCACACCCACCUCUUCCUCACCAACAGCAUUGUCUCCCAUGAUGACGCCGGUCACAACGGUAACAGAGAACCCUUUGCCAGAUAGAACUCGAUAUCGGCGGAGCAGCAUCAUCCAACCGAAGUAUAUCCCCGAUUCGGACGACGAUGACAUCACCAAACACCGUCAUGGCUCUUAUAGAAAAGAGGUUAUGAUGCCUGCCUGGCAGUUUUUUAGCUUAAUCCCAUGGUAUACAGAUAAUUCUCCUAUGAAUGACUCUCAGGUCGCGGCCCAUUUCUCAUCAAAGCGACCAAUCUUAGGCCUCUGUUUAAAACGGUACUCCAUGCUCCCAAACGGGAAGGCCAUCAGACUCGACACCUUUGUCGAUAUUCCGACCGAAAUCGGGCUACCGCACUUUAUCCAGGAUGACAACAUGGAGGAUGGCCCGAUUCGUGUGAACUUCAAGCUAUCUCUGCAGGCCAUAGUCUGCCACAGAGGAAACUCCGUCGAUUCUGGGCACUACAUAGCGAUCGUUCGAGGCACCAGUGCGGGAGCACCUCCGUCAAGUUCUCAUGGCUCGGAACAGUCCGCGUCAGAUACUCCAAGGUAUUGGAUGCGGUUUGACGACCUGGCCAAGGAAAGAGUGACGCUAGUGGACAUUGAGCAAGCCCUGAAGAGCGAAUCGCCAUACCUACUCUUCUACCAAAUUCUGCCAAUUGAUGAGGAUGCAGAGGCAGCUAAUUUUCCGAAUAGCGGAACAUCCACAUCUUCCGUGGGGUCUAUCGAGAACCAGGAUCCGGAGGCAGCCAAUGUCUCGCCCAGGUUGCAGGCCAACCGACUCAGUGCAGGCUACAGGUCCAACCGCCCUAGCCUUGAGAUCACAAUUGCAGAUCCCGCGAACGCCGUGACUGGGCCUAAUGAUGAAUCUCCAGACAAUCAUCGAGACACUUUUGCAGGCUUAGGCUUGCGCUCUGUCCCUUCUACGUCGCCAAGACUUGUGCCAAAAGAUGAGGACGAAAACCGGGGUUCAUUUUCAUUCUCUAGACGGGGCUCCAGAGCUACAAGAUCAAACCCCGGAAGCCGCGCAGGAAGCCAGGUCAGUGAAAAUAGGAUCAGUGCCACGUUUUCACGUUUUGCGGGCCGCCUGAGCAAGGACAAGCUAGGCAGUGACUCCUUUGCCAUCGAUGACGAUUACGAUGAGACGAUCAAGAGUGACGCACCGGGUCUCACUGUUGAUGUUAAUAAGGUAGAUAUCAGAGGAAAGAGCCCUAGACGGUCGAGGUUCUCUGACAAGCAGAAAGAGAAGGGGAAAGAGAAGUCUAGGGAACGGAGAGGGCGCAGACUCGAGCGCGAGUGUCUUGUAAUGUGA